UCCAAUUUAUCGCACUGAUGGACGAUUAUAUUGACAGUAUAAUGGACGUACUGCGCUAUAUAUAUUUCGAAUAGAAUCAUGAUUUUCAAAAUAAAUUUGCACAAUUUGGAAGCGUUGUUUAAGCGUCAGUUCAUUCAUGCUGAAGUGUCAAAACAAACCAAACAUUAAUCACUUGACAGCUGUCAAAAUGGCUCCCAGUUAUAAAAUCUUGAAUUAUUAACAUACAUUUCUAUACCUCCAAAAAAACACUCUCUACAAUAAAAUAGAAUUUAAAUGAAUUUGAAUGAAUCUAAUUUUCAAACGGUGUAAAACAGUUUUAUGAAUUUUUUUUUAAUUUUUAUGCUUUUGUUACAACUUUUUUUUAAAACAGUGCUCUCUGUGUUUAAAUUGUUUUCUUAACGAAAAUUGCCAUCAGAUCCAACACUAGCCAAGCGCAUUAUGAAAAACACCAUACGGGUACUUUCCUGUUAACACUGAAAAUUUAAUUGCACUUGCGUCUGGUAGGUCCCCCUCGACCCGCCACCUUGCGCUCCUCUUGUUGUGGCUUCUCGUUGUAUCAUUAAUUAUUAUAGUAGUUACUUCAAAGAAUCUACUUAUCUCCGAGAAACUUUAAGAGCACAUACUUCGCACCUAAGUUCAGUCAACCGGGGAAUCUAAAUAGUUGUGGUGGCGUUACGGUGUAAUAAUAUGCAAAAUUUGAAAAAUGGGGCAAUUUUACCAUCCUCUGCCGAAGCCAACGAACAUGGCUGUACUAGGAGCAAAAAGAGAAAGGUUAUAAUUGCUGUUUGUGUCAUCGGACUUGUUUUACUAGUAGCUGGACUCUUUUAUUUAGGAUUUUCAGUAAAAUUGGAAACCUGCACGAAUUCGUCAUGCGUUCACGCCGCCACCCAAAUCCUCAAACACAUCGACAUCAGAGCAGAUCCAUGCGAGGAUUUUUAUCGAUUUUCCUGCGGUAAUUUCCUGCAGAACACGCACUUGCUGGAUAAUCGAGAAUCCCGAUCGGGAUCUCGAUCAGUCGAGGAUAUCGCCCAGGACGAGAUCCAAUCCCAAAUAAGAGAAAUGCUGGAAAGGCCAAUACGGCGAGAGGAUCCCAAAUCCUUCAACACCGCCAAAAAGUUUUAUCGAGCUUGCAUGAACGAAACGGCCAUAGCCCGCCAAGGAUUAAAAAAGAUAAAAGAAAUUUUGGAAAUGAGCAGCGGCUGGCCCACCCUGCAAGGCUAUCAUUGGGACAACAAGAAGUUCGAUUGGAUGGAGUCGGUACAUAAACUUCGGCAGUUGGGAGUUAGCUCCGAUGUCUUUUUUCGGGUUACGGUGGAGAAAGACGAUCGAGGAGUUAAUUCCAGAUACGUUAUAGGCAUACAUGACAUACCAUACGCCGAACAAAAUGCAAACCUUGAAUCCAGAGCCCUACUAUUGGAAUAUAUGGUCGAAAUGGCUGUGAUUUUUGGGGCCAACAAGAACGUUGCAAUGGAGGAUGCUACGGAGACCAUACGAAUUCUUAAUGAGCUUGGAGAGAUUGAGAAAGAUUCUAAUUCGGAAAACAAAACUGAACCUCAAUUUGACAGAAGGGCAAUAUCAGAACUCCAGUAUAAGUACAAAGAUAUCAAGUGGCACCACUAUCUUAAUGGACUACUUACACCUGCCAUCAAUGUCAAUUAUGAUGAUGAAGUAAUCAUUUGGAAGCCUCGAUAUGUAGAUCUAAUGCAAAACUUUUUGGCUAUUACGUCAAAAAGGUCUUUAGCAAAUAUAAUAGCAUGGCACACAAUCCAGGAACUCAUACACUAUUUACCAAAAGAAUUGACACAAAAAACGCUAGAACUUAUAGAGAGGAUGAAUAGAAGACUUGUUAAUUUUAAAGUGCCAAGGUAUAAGACGUGUCUCGUUGAAACAGAGAAAAGUCUAGGUUCAGUUCUGGCCGCUGCCUACAUUCAGAAUUUCUUCUCGGAAGACCGAAGAUUCAAAGCAAUGGAGAUGAUCGCGAAUAUAAAAGAACAGGCUGAAGAAACCAUUACUAGAUCAGAAUGGAUGGAUGGAAUAACCAAACAUUUGGUUAUUCAAUCGCUGCACAGCAGUGUAGAGAGACUGCCAUCUACUGGAGACUUACUUAAUCUUUUAGAGGAAAAUAAGUCGCUCUAUUCACAGAUCAGAAUUAAUGAAAGUGAAUACCUCGAAGCAGUUUUAAAUUUACGUCUUGUUCAAUUAUACAAAGAACAAAGCAAAUUAAGAACUACGUACGAAGAAGAACCGUAUAAGGACCUGUAUAUUGUAUCUGGGUUAAAAAUAUAUUAUUCGCCGAAAGAAAACAUGAUGACUUUCCCAGUCGGCAUAUUCGGUGGUGUCUAUUACCAAAACGACCGACCGGAGUACAUGAACUACGGCAUUCUGGGCUCUAUAAUUGCCCACGAAGUAUCCCAUAUAUUCAUGAGGGCCGCACGCGGAGAUCAAGCCCCCAGGGAGUUAAGGAGUUGGUGGUCGCCCAACAGCCUCGCGAAUUACGAUCAGAAACUACAAUGUAUAUCCAAUCAGUACAGCAACUUCAGGCUUUCCGAAUUAAGACAGAGACACCUAAAUCCGGCGAAAACCCUCGACGAGGACAUGGCAGAUUUAGCGGGGAUGAAAAUUUCUUACGACACUUACAUCAAUUGGAGUCAGAAGAACGGGGCGCAGCCCCUGCUGCCCGGAUUACAGUACUCCCCUAACCAAUUGUUCUGGAUAUCGGCCGCCAUACGUCACUGCUCCAAAUAUUCGCAAGAGGGGUUGGAGCGCUACAUCGCCAAUUAUAGGUUAUCUCCUCAACAAUUUCGUGUGAACGGACCACUUCAAAAUCUAAACGAAUUUGCCUUUGACUUCGGAUGUCCCGUGGGAUCAAAAAUGAAUCCAGAAAAUAAAUGUAAUGUUUGGUGAUUGAUUUAAGUAUUCUAGAUCUAGUCAAUGUUUUUUUAUAAAUCAGUAUACACGCCUAAUUUAUUUAUUUUUUUUUUUUAGUUUUUGUAUAUUAAUAUUAAUGUUUGUGUAGGAUCUGUUGUUUAUCUGUAUAGUAAAUGUAAUAUUAAUAUUUUUGUAGCUGAGUAUUUCUUGUAUGUUACAGAUGUAUAUAUUUUUGUUAAUAAAAGAUUAAGAUUU